AUGACGACCACCGACAAAGCUAUUGCGCCUGAGACCGAUGCCAUCAUGACCGGAUCAGUGGCAACCGCGGCCCCAGACGUGGUCAAUGAUAAUGGCAAGAGGGCUCGAAGCAACUCUCACGGUGCGGCCGGGAGCACGGGGAAGGAAUUGAAACAAGACGUGCAAGAUGAAGACCUCCAGUUUACAGUGGAUGUCAAGAGUACGCUCAAAAACCUACUCGACCAGGAGGAUACGGAUAACAACAUGCAGAUCACUACGGAGGAUGAAGGGCCCAAGGUCUUUGAACUGGUCACAACCGACGGAAGCAGCCACACUAUUCAUGGCAGUUACAUGCUUUCGAACCUCCUCCAGGAGCUUACCAUCGCCAGCGAUGAUGGAAUCCAAGAACUCACCGUGGCCCUAUCACGCCUCAAUGAGAACCCCGUUCGGCGCCUGGAGCGCCGCAUCGUCGAGGCUUUCUGGGACAAAUUGACUCGGAGAAUUGACGCCUCCACCGUGGAGAUCGCCGCUGUCGACCCCAAGGACUGGACCGACGACCCGCGCCCGAGGAUUUACGUGCCCCACGGUGAACCUAAGCAGUAUGAAUUUUACAAAAAGGUUGCCGAGGACAGGCCGGAGAUUCGGCUCGAUGUGCAGAUGCUUCCCGAACUUAUCAACCCCGAACUGCUCCGCGACCUCAGUCGAAAGCCCGGGCUGCUUGCCAUUGCCAUGGACGAAGUGACUGACCCCAAGACUGGGGAAGUGACACUGCAAGGAGUUCCAUUCGUGGUCCCCGGCGGUAGAUUCAACGAGUUCUAUGGGUGGGACUCAUACUUUGAAAGUCUCGGUCUACUGGAGAACGACCGCGUCGACCUCGCCAAGGGCAUGGUUACCAAUUUCUGCUUCUGCAUAAAGCACUACGGCAAGAUUCUCAACGCCACGCGAUCAUACUACCUGUGCCGAUCGCAACCACCUUUCUUAACAGACAUGACGCUGCGCGUGUAUGAGAGAAUCAAGGACGAGGAAGGCGCUAAGGAAUGGCUGCGGACCGCGCUCCUUGCCGCCAUCAAAGAAUACUCGGCCAUUUGGGCCGCGGAGCCCCGCCUAAACCCGGAAACCGGGCUUUCGCGAUACCUCCCUGAGGGUCUCGGUGUUCCGAUGGAAACGGAGCCGGGUCAUUUCUCCCAUGUUCUAACUCCGUAUGCUGAGAAAUAUGGUAUGACGUGCGAGGAAUUUGCGGAAGCGUAUACCUGGGGUAAAAUCAAAGAGCCGGAACUUGAUACAUAUUUCGAGCACGAUCGGGCCAUUCGAGAAUCGGGCCAUGACACGAGCUACCGCCUGGAGAACCGAUGCGCCAGCUUAGCGACCGUUGAUCUCAAUUGCCUUAUCUAUAAGUACGAGACGGAUAUUGCCAAAGCUAUCCGCACCUACUUUGACGAUAAGUUCACCGUGCCUGAAGAAUACUGCGCGGGCACCAUCCAACCAGGUGAGACGUUGACGUCGAGUAUCUGGGAGGAAAAGGCAGAGAAGCGCAAGCAGGCGAUACAAAAGUAUCUCUGGGACGAAGAAAGCGGGUGGUUCUUCGACUACGACGUCGAAAAGAAGGAACGUACGGGCUACGAGAGUGCGACGGCGUUCUGGUCACUUUGGGCCGGUGUAGCGACGGCGGAGCAAGCGGCGGUCCUCGUAGAGAAGGCCUUGCCUAAGCUCGAGGCCUUUGGUGGACUGGUGUCGACGACAGAAGAUUCGAGGGGAGAGUUGGGGCCAGAUAGACAACAACGGCAGUGGGAUUUCCCAUUCGGCUGGGCUCCACAGCAGAUGCUCGCGUGGGAAGGGCUCAUACGGUAUGGAUAUGAGGAUGUGGCGGCGAGGCUGGCGUACCGCUGGCUGUACAUGAUGACCAAGGCCUUUAGAGACUAUAAUGGCGUGGUGGUGGAGAAGUACAACGUGACGCGUGAGCAAGACCCGCAUCGAGUCGACGCCGAAUUUGGGUGGGUGAACGCUAGUUUCGUUGUCGGCUUGAAAGUAGUGGGCAAGGACCUGAGAAAGGGGCUGGAACAGUUGAUACCCUAUGAAAAGUACAAAGAAAUGACCGCCGCGUCGUCGGCCUUGGACGUUGGGGAUCAGUAA